GUCAUUAUCAUCUGACAGCAAGCGACGGAAAGAAAACAUUGGACUAGUUCAUAGAUAACGUUGUUACAUUACAUUACAAGGAGGUGUUUGAUGUGCCCUAUCGGGGUAACAUGGCUGCGAGCUUUGCCCCGCCGAGGCUCGCCGACUUCCUUCUCACCGAGAAGCUCGGGAGCGGCACGUACGCUACGGUUUACAAAGCCUUCAGGAAGACAGAUAACAGGGAGGCGGUGGCUGUGAAAGUUGUUAGUAAGAGAAGCCUCAAUAAGUCGUCAGUGGAAAACCUGCUGACUGAGAUAGAGAUCUUGAAGACUGUCCGCCAUCCUCAUAUUGUCCAUCUUAAAGACUUCCAGUGGGACAGUGAGAAUAUUUACCUCAUCCUGGAAUGGUGUUCUGGGGGAGAUCUUUCCAGUUCCAUCCGUAGCCGGCGGAUCCUUCCCGAGGGAGUGGCACGCCGCUUCCUGCAGCAGAUUGCGUGUGCUCUGAAGUUCCUCCACGAGAAGAACAUCUCCCACCUGGACCUCAAGCCUUCCAACAUUCUGCUGAGCGGCACAGUGCUGAAACUAGCAGAUUUCGGCUUCGCUCAGUACAUGUCUCCGUGGGACGAGCAGAGCUCUCUCCGGGGCUCCCCACUAUACAUGGCUCCAGAGAUGGUGUGCAGGCGACAGUAUGAUUCCCGAGUUGACCUCUGGUCUGUGGGGGUCAUCCUGUACGAGGCGUUGUUUGGCCGUGCCCCGUUUGCCUCGCGCUCCUACACUGAGCUGGAGGAGAAGAUCCGCAGUGACAGAGCCAUUGAGCUGCCUCCUGGUGCCAGAGUAUCCCGGGACUGCCGGGAUCUGUUACUCCGGCUGUUGGACAGAGAUCCGGACUCCCGUAUUUCCUUCGAUGAGUUCUUCCUGCAUCCUUUCGUUGACCUGGAGCACAUGCCCUGUGCUGAGAGCCUAGGCAAUGCGAAGAAGCUGGUGCUCCAGGCUGUGCAGAAGGAUCAGGAGGGUGAGAGGACUGCUGCCCUGUCUCUCUACUGCAGCGCUCUGGAGCACUUUGUCCCUGCCAUCCACUAUGAAACAGACAGGCAGAGAAAAGAGGCUCUCAGACAGAAGGUCAACCAGUACGUGUCUCGAGCUGAAGAACUAAAAGCACUGGUGGCUUCGGACAACAAAAUCAGCUUUGAGAAUGCCAAGUCAUCAAGGGACAUAUUGAGGGAAAUGUCCAGGGACAAGCCUCGCCUAUUUGCUGCUCUGGAUUUAGCCGCAGCUGCUGUUGCCAAGGAGGAGUGUGGGAUGGAGGACCAUGACACGCUGGACCUGUAUCAGCAGAGUCUCGGCGAGCUGCUGUUGGCCUUGGCUGCGGAGUCUCAGGGCCGUAGGAGAGAGCUGCUACACAGUGAGAUUAAGAGUUUGAUGAGUAGAGCUGAAUACCUUAAGGAACAGAUAAAGAUGCGGGAAGCCCAGAAAGAUGUCUCCUUGGAUAAAGACCCUGUCUCUGAAUCUGUGCGGACAUCAUGUUGCCUACAGUAACCAUGGCUGACUCACCACGGCAACCGUCGGACUUGUCCUGCAAGGUCAUGUGACCAGACUGGAGGGUGACCCAUGCACUUUAGUAUUGAAAGAAAGAAAAACCAAACAGGAAUCUGAUUGGUCCCCACAUGACAACAGCCUUCAUAGCCACGUGGGUACAGACAACAGCCAGUGUUUCAUCGUACAGUAGUAGUAGCAGUCAGUUUGCAUCAUACACAUACCACACCCAAUAUUCGAAACGUUUUCCACAUCACAGUCAGUUUGCAUAUUAUACAGCACUCAAUAUUUAAAAAAAAAACAUUUAUUGUAGAAAAAUCAUUUGCUGUACAAGAUCAUGAAAAUUGGAGGAAUUCCUGUAAUCAUGUUGAACACCUCGCAGUUCUUACUGUGUCUUUAUUCAGUUCUGCGGUUCUUACUGUGUCUUUAUUCAGUUCUGCGGUUCUUAUUGUGUCUUUAUUCAGUUCUGCGGUUCUUACUGUGUCUUUAUUCGGUUCUGCGGUUCUUAUCGUGUCUUUUUGCAGAGUCACACUUUGCUUUCUGCUUUUGAUGCAUCUUUUGUGCGAGCCCUUGCACAUGCAUGUACAUGCAUGCACACGCAAGCACACGCUCGCACACAUACACACACACACACACACCCCUCGCUGCAGUUUGCACGCAGAACGUGUGUUGAUGACGGGGGUUCCCGGGCCGUGUGGCUUCUGCUCUGUUUGUCCUGCCCUCGAAUUUACUUUCAGGCCACGCCCAUAUCAAGCGCUGGAACGUUCUUUCUGCUUGCCUCUCAUGCCACCAGUUAACAGUUUAGACUGGUGUCACUGGUGCUGCGGUGCUGUGGGACUCCUGCUUUUUACUGCAUCCCAGCUGUGGUCCCAGUACAGAAAUGUAGAACAAUGGUUGGGGUGGUUAGUUGUGAUGGUACAUUGACUACGUGUGCUGUAGAGACUUGGGAUUUAAAGAGUUAAGGUUAUCAUUGUGAUCUACUAAACACCAGACUGCUGUGUGGGGAAAAAAAAGACUUUCUGUUUGUUUAGGCUUUUUUAUAAAAUAUAUAUUUUUGGUUCUUAUUUAUUGAAUGUUACAAAGUCUACAAAGGAAAUAAAGAGACUAAAUCUUA